CUGACGUACUCGCAGGCGGCGGGCACCGCGACGAUGAACCCGAGCAUGACAAUGACGGCGGGUGUGGGGACGCCGCUGUACAUGGCGCCGGAGGUGCUGUUGGGCGACAAGUACAACGCCAAGGCAGACGUGUUCAGCUUUGGGGUGCUGAUGUGGGAGGUGGCGACACAGCGUGUGCCUGACUUGAUUGAGCAGGAGAAAGGGAGCAACUUCCGUGGUCCCAUGCUUGCCACUCUGAGCCAGCUGCUGCAGGAAGGGAGGCGCUUGCGGUUCGAAGAUGGCGAUGAGGAGGUGCGUGACUGGUUUGUGCAGCUGACUCUCAAGUGUGUGGGCAACAACCCAUGGGAACGGCCGUCGUUUCAAGAGUUGGAGAUGAAGAUGCAUGUGAACAAGGGAUGAGACGCUGCUUUUGUUUGUGUAUGAUUGCCCAUGCGAGUGGCUGUCUGCUUGCGCCUUGUCAUCUCGCGCUCUAAAUGUACAUGCCAGAAAGAGGGAAAGAUCCCGCUCGCAAGUGCAUCAAACCACAGGUAAUAACAAGACAAGAC